AAAAAAAAAAAAAAAGGAGGGGAAGAAAAAAAAAAAAAAAAAAAAAGAGGAAAAAAAAAUGCGGGAGAGAGCAGAAAAAAUAAGACGGGGAAAAAUCCGCCCGUGAGGGGGACAGGUUCUGAGGUUCUGCUCGUGGCACAGAGCAAACGGGCUUGCCUUUUCUUUUUUUUUUAAUUUUAUUUUGUAUUUUCGUCUCGCCGGGAGGAUUCAGCCGCCUGGAAAGCGCAUGUGAAAAGAGCAGCAACAAGGAGAGGGGAGGAAAAAAAAAAAAAAAAGGGGAAAAAAAAAAAAAAAAAAAAGGGGUGGUUUGGCUUGGACCCCCCCGCCCCAGUGCGGGAGGAAGGACCCGCGGCGGCCGGAGGGCGAGGAGCUGCGGCGGCCGGCGAGGGAAGGGACCGGGGCUGCGUGACCCCCGCGGCGCGGGGGGAGAGGCGAGGAAGAGACGUUUCCCGAUCCUCCCCGCCGAGGAUUUGGGGAGGUUUCCGCGCCUGGAGCCCGUGCCUUUGGAUCUAAAGAGGAUUAUUAUUUUUUUUGGGGGUGGCACUGAAGCUGGAUUUGUUCCUGUGCGUGCGGCGCGGGGGGGUUCAUUUCUGCUGCCUCUAGAGGAGCCGGCGGCCCGGCCGGGGCGCGGAGAUCCCCGCGGAUCGCUCCGCACCCCCCGGGAAAGGUGCGCCGAGGGGAUCGGCGGGGGGCGGGGGAGGAGAGGCAGCUGCAGCUGCCGGGGAGGAGGCCCGGCGGAGCGGCAGCAAAGUCAUCGCUAUCGGCCCCCCCCUCGGCUGGCUUCGGGCUCGGCGCUCUCCAUGUCUCUGGCUCUGGGCAGCGGCCGCCACAGCAGCGAGUAGGGGGGGAGGAGGAGGAGGAGGAGGAGGAAGAAGAAGGGAGCCCGGGAGUGCCUCCCUCCCUCCGUCCCUCCCUCCCCCCGGCAGCCCCGGCCGCCUCCCGUCCCCUCGCCCCGCGUCCCUGCCUUCCCCUCCCCAAGAUGGGCUGUUUAGGGAACAGCAAGACGGAGGAUCAGCGCAACGAGGAGAAGGCGCAGCGGGAGGCCAACAAGAAGAUCGAGAAGCAGCUGCAGAAGGACAAGCAGGUCUAUAGGGCCACGCACCGGCUCCUCCUGCUGGGUGCUGGUGAAUCUGGUAAAAGCACAAUAGUCAAGCAGAUGAGGAUCCUACACGUGAAUGGAUUUAAUGCUGAGGAGAAGAAGAUGAAAAUUCAGGAUAUUAAAAACAAUAUUAAAGAAGCUAUAGAGACAAUAGUGACAGCAAUGGGCAAUUUGGCACCUCCAGUGGAACUAGCCAAUCCAGAGAACCAGUUUCGAAUCGACUACAUCUUAAAUUUAGCAAACCAGAUAGACUUCGAUUUCCCUCCGGAGUUUUAUGAACACACAAAAACACUCUGGCAGGAUGAAGGUGUGAAAGCCUGCUACGAGAGAUCCAACGAGUACCAGCUGAUUGACUGUGCACAGUAUUUUCUAGACAAGAUUGACAUAGUCAAACAGAACGAGUACACCCCAUCUGACCAGGAUCUUCUCAGAUGCAGAGUUUUGACAUCAGGAAUUUUUGAAACCAAGUUUCAGGUGGAUAAAGUAAAUUUUCAUAUGUUUGAUGUUGGAGGGCAACGAGAUGAACGCCGAAAAUGGAUCCAGUGUUUUAAUGAUGUGACUGCUAUCAUAUUUGUGGUGGCGAGCAGUAGCUACAACAUGGUGAUACGAGAGGACAAUCAGACCAAUCGGCUGCAGGAAGCACUAAACCUCUUCAAGAGUAUCUGGAACAACAGGUGGCUACGGACCAUUUCAGUAAUCCUUUUCCUGAAUAAACAAGAUUUGCUAGCAGAGAAAGUUUUGGCAGGGAAAUCUAAAAUUGAAGACUACUUUCCAGAAUUUGCUCGCUACACUACACCAGAUGAUGCAACACCAGAGCCUGGUGAGGAUCCCAGAGUUACAAGGGCCAAGUAUUUUAUUAGAGACGAGUUUCUUAGAAUCAGCACAGCAAGUGGAGAUGGAAGGCACUACUGCUACCCUCACUUCACGUGUGCCGUGGACACAGAGAACAUCCGGAGGGUUUUCAAUGACUGUCGGGACAUUAUUCAGCGCAUGCACCUUCGCCAAUACGAGUUGUUGUGAUGGAGAGCACUUUUUUCUGUGUUUUGGACUCCUUAUUCCUUAUUAAAAAAAAAAAGAAAAAAAAACACCCUUGCCCACAUAGGGUGGAAGAGAACUGUUUGAAUCUCCCAUUGAUUUGCACCCCUCAACUUUUUCUCCUUGCUGGACAAUAGCAGCACUUCUAAGCUUGCUUCUGUACCCCUCGGACAGUUUGAGAUGGCCCCUAACACUUAAAAGGCCAUUUCCAUGAGGAUUCCCUAACAUUGUUAUUAACAAAAAAGAGAGAGAGGAAAAAAAAAAAAAAACAAAAAAAAAAAAACGAAAAAAAGAAAUAAAACCUAAUUAAUUAAAACCCCUGAAUGUGGAGCACCUGAAAGAAUUGGGGAUGAAAAAAUUAAAACGUUGAAACAAAAAUUGGGGGAGAGAAAACUUUAGGUAAUUUAGCACUGCUGUGGGCAUAAUCCUAUAACCCCUGAUCUCCACUUUGUAUCACUCACUGCAUCCGAGUAACGAAGGUGCCAAGUCACAGACCAAGUUUGAAGACAGACCCUUGAGUUUGGUUCUCUGACUGUAAUGUGGCUUUGGGCGGAAAUACUGACAAUUCUCCAACAGACCUAGACAGUGCAAAAACCAACUGCUACCUUUCAGAAGGGUAUUUUUAAAACCAGUCUUGGUGGUCUAAAGACAACCAUGGACAUUUAUGAAUUGAACUGCGUAUGGCCUGUGAUUGCAGAAAGAGUUAACCACACACUGUUUUCAGUUUGUCCACUGAUGAUCCCGUCUGCUCUAAAAAUCAUUAUCUAGACUGUAGUCCUCACAGUCUUUCCCUUCUUUUUCUUCUUCCCUUCCCUCAUUUUUUAUUUUACUGCUGGAUUAUUAUUCUUGUACAGACUGUAAAAUGUAUUAUUUUGUACAACUUUAUUGAAAAUAACUUGUAGAAGAUCUUUGUGCCUUGAUUAUGGCUGUACCUGUACAAUGAGCUAAGAUGUAAGUAUGUUUGAUUGCGCUGUACAGCUUUGUCAACCCUAUCUGCAGCAUUAGCUCAAGGUAGGGAAAAUUUAUCUGUAGUUUAGUUUUUCUGGUUUAUAAAAGAAGGAAAAAUACUGUUUAGUAAAAAAAAAAAAGGAAAAAAAAGGAAAAAAAAAAAAAGAAAAAAGUACAAAUUGUGCAAACUUAACCACUUUAAAAGUGAGGUCUUCAACAAGUGACCAGAUGUUGCAGCAUCGUGCUUUUUAAUUUUUAGCUUUAAUUCAUUUAAAUCUCUAUCCAAAUGCAAAACAUGGCUUGUUUCUACAUAAAACCAAAUUUUGCUACAAAUUAUAAAUGUUAGUCUUUGGUCAUUCAUAGUCCUUUUUUUUUUGCUAAAGACAAAAAAACCAGAACAAUAACAGACACGUAGGGCAUCAUGCAGGUCUGGUGACCAUCUCUAGACUGGGCCAAAUACCCACCAACCUCGGCUUGCGCUGCGUGGGCAACGACUACCGGAAUGACAAGGUGUGCACUGCCCUUGGAUUUGGCCACUGAAUUCCAGUUUCAAACGACAUUUUUAUUUCUCUUUUAAUAAAGAGAUACUUUAGAACCUUUUUUUUUUUGUUUUAUAUUAACUAUAUAAGUAGCUUAAAAGUGAAGAUGUGUGGAUUUUUUCUUAAACUUGAAUAAUUUAUGCAAAUUAUAUGCUUAGAACAACAUGUGGUACAGUAAAAAGAAAAAAGAGCAAAAAUCACUGUAGCAAUAAGAGAGCAUGUAAUUUUAGUAACUACUACACUGCUUUAUAUUUUAUACCUAGGUGUUUUAUGUCUCUGUGAGUGUGUUACUUUUUCAUGUGUCUAAACCUACGUGUACAAUUUGUACAGAGUCAGAAAUUACAGCUGUAAUAACACAUCUAGAACAGUGUUAGCCUAUAUUACUCAAACACCCCUGUUCCCCCUUCAUUUACACCCCUAAACUGAUCUGGAUCUUAACUGCAGUGACUUUAAAAAGAAAAGAAACAACAAACACCAAAAUUCUUGCCUCUUUGCCUUUCACACUAGCUUCCCUCCACCCAAGAGACCGUGUUGGCUUUCUUUGCUUGGGAAGAGAUCCAGUUUAAAUUCAAGUGAGGGCGUGGUCAGUGAUGUCUGUGCAGCUAGAUUUGCUUCAGGUAUCGGAUGCCUUUUCAAUACUAAGAAAUGCAACUGUUCAGAAUUGUGACUUUUCAUUUGCUUUUGUGGCUAAAGUCUUAAAAUUAAUCACACAGUCCAUUUUCACUGGAGAGCAGGGAUGUGAGGGAGUUACUGUCCCAUCUCAAUUCAGAAUUACUUCCAGAAACACUGAAUAGUUGAAAAAUUUUAGCUGCAGUUGUUACUCGCCUUUCCAGAAUGAUCUUUCCUGUUCACAGGUUUAGACAGUUGCCACCUGAACUUUGUAGAACUGUAGAAAACAUGACUGAAAAUAGGCCCCUCCAAUUCAGAAUGUAUCCAGUGCCUGUAGGUGAAGGGCUGGCGUUUCCACUAGGUAAAAAUGGGACACACGUAGUGGAAAGGAAAUUCAUUGUGAGCCUUAAUUUUAGUUACAGGAGCCAAAAUCUUUAUUUUAGUGCCAACCCUUAUCUUUUUAAGCCUAGGAGGAGUUGGUGUGAACACCAAAUUUAUAAAUGGAGAAAACCUGUAGUGGCGUGAGGAAUGUAAUCUCUUGUCUGAGAGAAACAAAGCACCUCCAUUAAAAAAAUUAACAAAAUAAGCUUCUUCCUCUGAUGAGGAGGGCACAUAAUAAGAAUGAGCUAUAUAAGACAGCAACAGUUUAAGAAACCUAAAGCUUUAUGUGAACAGAUAUGUUUAGGGGAUGCUUUUUUUUUUUUUUUUUUUUAAUGUGAGGAAAAAGGCAAUUGUUUUGAAUAUGGUUGAGUUGCACAAGUAUGGAGCGUGUGUGUGUCUUAAUGUCUCAGUAUUGCCUUUGUUAGUCUCUUUAUUAGUCCAUGCAGUUUGGUGGCCUGGUAAAUGCAAGUCUUAUUUUUAACAGCUUUCUUUUUCCUUUCUUUUUUUUUUUUUAAUACAAAACCAUAAAGCUUUAAUGCUUGCUAUUUAAUAAGUAACUGUGUUUUCUUCUGUCUCUAAUUUAGUGGCCAUAAUUUGCAGUUAAUUGAACCAUUCCAACCUAAUGCUUACCCAUAUUUCUUAGUUUUGUUUUAUUUAUUUAUUUGAACUUCUUGUUUUCAUGAUUGAAGACUGUCACUUCUGUCUCAUUCAUCUGUUUGGAAACUUCUGACCUUACAGCCAAAACUUAACUCAUUCUACUCAGUAUUCAUCGUGAUGCUGAAGUGUAAGAUACCUGCAAAUGUAAACACUACCACUUUUAUUAAUAAAAGCAAAUACAGUGUUUUUAGGGCACAUUUGCAUCACUGUAGUUGAGGUUGUGUCAGUAUUUCCAUUGUAAACCUAUGGAGGGUUGGCACUAAACUGCCCUAAGCUGAAUCUUUGCCAUACAAGGCUUCUGCUCAAGCGUGAUUUUGGUGGGUUGGUUUUUCAGCAGUUUCCAACACAAACUCUUGUUUCUGUUUUAAGUUAUACGGCUGUUUUGUUGGAUGGGGGUUGGUUUAAAAAGAAAACAAAAAAAAUAACAAACAAACCUGGUUCAAGAUUGUUUUUGGCACUUCUGUAACUCAGAAAUGGUUUUGAUUUUAAAACAACCUUCGGCAAGCCAGUAACCUACAAUAUGGUCUGAUCACUUUGGGUAUUUUGUAAAAAUAAUAAUAAAUUGUAGAGAUGUUGUGGUUUCAAAAUCA